GACGUCCGGUCACACAGAAUAUCUGAACUGACAAUUAGUCAAACGUUUUCAGUGAUCGCGUCUUUAAUGUUGGUCUCGUCGCCAAACUCUAAGCUUAAUAUAAAUCUUAUCGAUCGGGUUGUGAACCAGUGUUUGGAUAAAGUGACGGCACCGGGAACUCCCAUACCCAGCACCUCAUCCUAUAGUUUCAUAACAUCUCUUCUCACGCAUAAGACGAGACGUGACUUCUAUCACAACGGUUUGUACGAAAUGGUGGCCAACAUUAUUGUCCAAAAUCCCACUAAAAUACACGUAUCGAAAGCGAGUGCAGUGUUGUGGUCACUGACCAAACACUCACACGUCCACUACGGGCUCCUCGACUUCAUGGCCGAUAAGAUCGCAGUACGCGAUCCCGAACUCAUCUACAGUCCCAAGACUUCAUUCACAAACAUUUUAAGUGCAUUCGCGUUGCCAUCAAAUUAUAAGCCGACCGAAGAUAUCUAUAAAACCAUAUUAGAGUCGACGCAUACAAAGCUUUGCAAAGAAAAGACCAAGUUUUUGUUAUUUAAAAUGUUAAGACAUCUCUUUGUGCUUAAAUACUAUCCAAAACACGAGAUCAGCGAUUGGUUUGAGAAAUACUUUAAGGAAGCGCUCACUUCGUCGACAAUAAUGGGAAUGAGAAGUGAAUUUCUCGAUAAUAUUCGCGUUUUAUAUCAAGGAAUAUGUUUGGAGUCGAAGAUUGAAGAUUGCGAAGAAUUGAAGCAACGAUUGAAACCUUUUGUCGAAGAAUUAGUCGCUUUUGAGAGCAAAGAGAUUGAAAGUUCGGCCAAAUCCGAGACAUUGGAGUUUGCAUUAGCCCAGGGUUUGGGCGGAAAGGACUUUAUAGCCAGCAAUUUGUACACCGAUUUCGGACAUCUGGUCGAUCACGUGGUUGUGAUGAGAAAAGGCGGUUAUCCCGUACCCAUCAAUAGGGACGCGUCAGUCACUUAUAUUAGUGAACUGGAGGUUCCCGUCGACGCCAAAGUUUUUGGGAUCAUUUCAUUGACUCGUAAAGACUUUUGUCGCGAACCCAACCUUAAGAAAGGCGACACAGAAUUCAGAUUAAGAACACUCAAGAGUUGUGGAAUAACACCAAUUGCUAUUCAUUUGGACGGAUGGGAAGCUUUGGCCGAAAUCGAGAAAAUUCCGUAUAUUAUGCGAGAAAUUCAAGAGAAUUCGAGUUUAAGUGAAAAAUAAUGUGC